AUGUCAGUAGAACUCAAUGCUCACAAUCUACUAUUCUUAGUUUUACUUGUGAAACAAAAGCAAUUACCGCUAGAAGCAUUAAAUAUUUAUACUUUUAAUUCACAAGCUUGUGAGUCAAUCUUCAGAAAUACCCGUGCAUUAAGUGGAAUUUACUCAACUGUUGUUAAAUUUACUGUACAUGACUUUGUACAAAGAGCGCAGAAAUUAUCGUUGCUUAAUGAUAUUAAGUAUAAACAGUUCCAUGAUCAAUCAGCUAACAAAUUAAUUUUUCCCGUUCAUUAUAAACAUCGUCAUGAUCGACAACCAUUAUCUAAAUCAAUUCAAGAUGAAAUCGAUCAAAUAGAUAUUGAACAACUAAUUGCUGAUGCAUAUGAUGAUGCUGUUACAAUAUAUAAUGACUUAGAAGUAUUGGACAUAUUAGAACAAAAGCAUGUACUUGGUUUAAAUUCAUUAAGUGCUUAUAUAUUUGAAUAUUUAAAUACGAAUUCUCAGAUGUACAAUUUCUCAUCUCAAGUAGAUAUCAUCGAUAGUGAAGAAUAUUGA